AUGUUACAGUGCUCACAAAUCAGUAUCCAUCAAGCCAGUGAGUUUUUGCAAAUUGGUAUUAAUUCAAUUAAAAAUAUGAGACAUAAUUAUGAAGAACUGGUAGAAUCAGCAAAAAAUAUGUGUUUAAAAUGGGGAAUACAAUUUCAGAAUGAAAAUAAACGAAAAAUGUAUUCUAAAAAACUAUUUGGUGAAGUUGAUGGUGACAGGAGAUUGCAGGAUAUUAUAGAGGAAAAAUGUUAUGUUUCAGUAUUUUUACCAUUAGUUGAUACUGCUUUAUUUCAACUCGAAGAUCGUUUUAAAGGACUUAAAAUAGUAUCAAAUACUUUUAAUUUUUUAUUGCCACCAAAUAUAAUAAAAUUAAAUGAAGCAGAAAUAGUAAAAUCAUGCUAUGAUUUUAUUCAGUUUUACAAAACUGACGUAACUUCCGAUUUAACUAGUCAAGUUCUAUCUUUAAAGGAGUUUAUAAAAAACACUGAUAUGAAAACAAUUAAAGAAUUAUGUUUAUAUUUAAUAGAAAACGACCUAUCAUCUUUGUAUAGUGAAGUUGUUACAUCUUGUAUUAUAUUUUUAAGUUUACCAGUGACUGUUGCAACGCCCGAACGAUCAUUUUCUAAACUUAAAUUGAUUAAAAACUAUUUAAGAAACUAA